AUGCAGCUCACCGUCCUUCUCACGGCUCUGUCUGUCUUCGCCAUCGGCACCGCCAACGCCGCCGCCGUCGGCGAGCGGGUGCCGACGCUCGGCGGCUUCGCCACAUCGGAGCAAGCCGGCUGCCCGAUCGGCACGGGCCCCAUCUGGGUCGUCGGCUUCGGCGACGGCUGCGGCGAUUGCAAAAACUUCUACAACAGCACCGUCGUCUACACGACGGUCCACUCAUACGGCUUCAACCCUUACUGCAUCCUGACCCUCUUCCAGACCAAGACCUGCAGCGACCCCGGCGUCGUGUCGGGUCUGGGCUGCUGGGAGCCCGAUGGCGGCAUCGCCGCUUACAAGGUCUCGUGCCCUUAUUGGCCCCCGAACUCGGGGGGGAUACCGUAUUGCAACCACUAG